UGCUUGAGUAGAACGGCAGCGUUUUCCCACAGCUGGGUGGCGCCGUCCUUGGGGGUGAUGAUACAAACGCUGAAGGGGCCCAAUUCAUGGCGGCCUGUGGGAUUGCAGUCAAACGUGCUCAUCAGCUGAUAGCGGGGUCAAGUUAAGGGAUAGCUCUCACCUCCGGGGGAAGUAUCCACUUCCUGCGCCUGCUCGGGACUGCGCUCUAGCACCCGAGCCUGAAGUUGCACUUGGAAAUUGAGCGUGUCAGUUCUAGCCCCGUGCGAACACUUAGCCCCUGCAGAGUGAGCCGCUGAGCUCUGGCAGAUGCACUGCACAGGAGGGAUGUGUGGCAGGGUCUCCCUUUUCUUGCUAUGCAUAGACUUGCUGAGCAAGCUGCCCUCGCCUUGCCAAGGCGGCUGGAGGAACUGGCAGUUGUGCCUGGCCCUGCUGUUGCUCUCACGUGCAAAUGGUUGCAGAGAGGGAGCAAAGUUUGCCCUGCUGCUCCAUUGGGGGUGGGGGAACAGCCAUUCUCCUGGCAUGGUGCCCAGGCCCCCUAGGUAUCAUAUGUCAGCCUUGGGGCUGGCAGUAGGGCAGGAGGUGGCCAGCACCAGUGGCUCUGUUUGCUCUCCCUCUUUCCCAGAGCAGCAGCGUGUCCCACCUAUGCUCACAGAGGGCAAGGUUCCUGGGUGGGCUGGAGGGCAGCGUGGGACUGCAGUAGGGGGUGGAGUUCUCGUCCAGCUGAACUGUUGCAAAGACCCCGCAGGCUGAGCUGCCUGCGUCAGGCUCUCUCUAAAGCCUGCUUUCCCUUUAAGCACCCUGGGCCCUGCCAGCUUUAAUAAUUGGAGUUAUACCCAUCUCCAAGAACUGGAAGGGACCUUGAGGGGUCAUCGAGUCCAGCCCCUUGCCCUCACUAGCAGGACCAAGUACUGAUUUUUGCCCCAGAUCCCUAAGUGGCCCCCUCAAGGAUCUGCUGGCUGGAUUCCUGGGGAGGGCGGCUACCUCUCGGCUCUGUGCAGCCCGCGGUUAUAUCACCGCUGCUCUGGAGCUCCCAGCUCAAAGGGGGGCGGGUUCACUCCGGCUGGGAGGCGCCGGGCUGGGGUCUGUGCACAGCAGUGUGGGGCAAAGUCCCUGGAUACAGAGCGGCUCUUCUCCCACGAGUCCAGGAAGCCUCUUCUGAUCCCGAGCGUGGAAUCUCUGAGGACUCGGGAUCCAGGGAUCUGCUCCCAACCCUCCUGCAAGGUCAGCAGGUCGUCCUGAGCAGAGACAGCCCAACAGGCCAGCUGUGACCCUGCAGCGCUGCACCCCCGCUGGGUUCCCUGGGCUGCGCAGCUCCAUGGCCCCGUACCGCAUCCGGCAGUAUGAGGACAGUGACUACGAGGUGGUGCGCACCAUGUUCGGCCACGGGAUUAAGGAGCACGCUCUUACUGGCUACAUUCACAUGCUGAAGUGUCUCCAGACCCAGCUGCUCUUCCUGGGCCUGUUCCUGGUGGUGCUCACAGCCUCCGGGUCCCUCCUGGUCUCCCUCCUGGCUCUCCUGCUCACACUCAUUGGGGGCUGGUUUUGCAUCCAGUCUCUCUGGACCGAUUACGUCCAGCAGUCUCUUCGCUGUGACCUACUGGACAUCCGGAGAACCUACCUGGAGGCAGCAGACUCUUGUCUCUGGGUGGCAGAGGCUGAGGGGGCCGUGGUGGGCAUGGUGGGGGCCGUCCUGCCAGAGGACCCCUUGGAAAGGGGGCGCGCCCUGGAACUGAAGCGCAUGUCCGUGGGGAGGGAACACCGGGGCCGGGGCAUUGGCAGGGCGCUCUGCAGGACGGUCAUCCACUUUGCCCAGGAACGUGGGUACAGUGCGGUCGUGCUGUCCACCUCCAUGGUUCAGUACUCGGCCCAGAAGCUGUAUGAGAGCGUGGGCUUCCAGAGGGUCUCGGAGCGGUCCCCAUCGCUCCUCGCCAGCUUCCUGCAGUUCUCCGUGUUCUAUUACCGAUACGAGAUUCCAGGGUCUCGCUGAAGGCUCAGAGGUGGCGAUUCUUCACCUGCCCACUCAGCCGCUGAGAGCUUUGUCUGGCUUGUUAAUUAACUCCCAACAAAGUUGAUACUUAUUUACCUUUUUGGUUAAAAAAUAACUGAGCUUGGAGGAAAAGUCUCGCUCGCAUGACACUGUUCUGGUGCUGGCUUGGGAUUAUUGUUCCCCCAGGGCCAGGGGCUCCCCUUUCCCCACAGCUACCUGGAUCUGAAUUUCACUCCUGGAGCUGAGCCGGCCAGGAUCAGACUCACCCCCAUUGCUCAGUGGUUCCUAGAUGAUCCCUGACCCCUAAAAAAACCAGGCGACCCUGGCAAGGAAACUUCCAUGAAGGUUCAUUUGAAUUUUCACCCACUCUUCUUUGACAGGUUCAUGUCUCAUUCCUGUCAUCCACAAAUGUCCAAUGCUUGGAUCUUGCCAAUUUCUUCACCCCUGCACAACAUCCAGUAGCAGUGAGUUCCACAGGCUGGCUAUGUGUUGUGUGGAAAGGCAAUUCCUUUGCUAGGUUUACAAUGUCCCAGCUUUCCCUUUCGCUGGCUGUCCCCUUGUCGGUGUAUCCUGGGACAAGGAGAACAGAAGCGCUGGAUCUUCGUUCUGUAGCCCAUUCGUUCUUUUAUUCACGCCUUAGAAAGGAGACGGAUAAGAGUGAACAAGCCCAGGCUCACUGAGCUCUUCAUGGGAGAGUUUUUCCAGGCCCUCGUUCAUCCCCGUUGCCGUCCUCUGAACCUGCUAGUUCUGCAUUGUCCUUUUGGAGCCGGACCGUAUCCGGAUCGACCUUCUCUUUGCCGGCCUGUGUGGACCGGGCACAUCACUUGCUCUCGCUCCUCGCAGUCCAGAGAACUCAGCACCUCCCCGACAGCCCUGCUCGCUCACCCGUUUCCAGGCAGCACGGGUGUCUCGAUCGCAGCAGCAGCAGCCCUGGCAGGAGACGAGCGAGGGUGCAGACGCCCAGCUUGGCCGGAGCACACAGCUCAGUCUGGGGGGUCGUGUCCUCGGUGCUCAGGGCAUAGCUGGGGGGCUGGUUCCCAGGGCCGUCGACGGAGACGUGCUAGCUUUGAUUUGAGCUGCUGGGCCAAAAGUAGCCAUGUGCCUGCCAGAGCUCAGGCUAGCUGGCUGGGUAUGUACCCAGGGGAGGGCAGCUGGGACUGGACUAGGCGGCUGACCAGAGCUAUGGGUCUCCCGGAGCAGUAUGACCCAAAGGGCCUUGUGUGCUAGCAACAAGCAGUGCCGCCAGAGCCCCGGCCCCACCCCGCACAGGGGCUGGGAAGUGCCAAUCUGUUGGGGUCCUCGGCUGGGUGGUGCCGCCCAGGGAGAAACCCUGCACUGUGGUCAGCAGCCGGCAGCCGGGAUUCUGCAGCAUCAGCUCCUCCCCAGCCAUUCCCAGGGCAGGGACUCCUGCAGCAGCUGAGCCAGGCCCCAGGGGCUGAUGGAGAGCAGGCCCCGCAGCAGGAGGAAUGCCUGGUUUUAAUCCUGCCCAGCACAAGGCUGGGCGGUGCAGUGGUUAGGGCACUAGCUUGGACUGGGGCUAUGCUGGAUCUAUGCCCUGCUCCACCACAGCCUGCCUGGGUGCCCUUGGGCCAGUCACUUAGCUGCUCUGUGCCUCAGUCCCUUACUGUGCUGGGGCGAGCAGCCCUGCCCUGCCUACAGCGGAGUGUGAGGAGAGAGAUGGUUUUAGUAAAAGGAAAUCCUGCCUCACCAAUCACUAGAAUUCUUUGAGGGGGUCAACAAGCAUGUCGACAAGGGGGAUCCAGUGGGUCUAGUGUACUUAGAUUUUCA